CCUCUGUAUCUCUCUCCUCCGUCGGAGUUUGAUGCGAAAUCCCGUUUUCUCUCUUCUUCCACCGAUCUCUCCAUCUUCUCUGGCGAUUCUCUGUGAUUCUUCGAUCUCUCCAUCACCUCUGUCGAUUCUUCUAUCUCUCCAUCUUCUCUGUUGAUUCUCUGUCAAUUCUUAUGUCGAUCUCCAUCUCUGAUGAAUCUCAACGACGACAAGGUUGAGAGGUUCGAUGUUCCUCCAUGACAGGUUACUCUCAGUAUCAUCUAGACUUGUGAUUAUUUUAAAAAAAAAUUAUUUUAAUGUCUGAUAAACCGAAUCUUGUUUGUUUUUAUUUGGUCAAGUUAAAGAAUUUGGCUGUUAAGAUGCUUGAUACAACUGGUCAUCAAGGAGACAAAGAGUUUCUCGUGGAAGUCCUAAUGCUCUCCCUCUUGCGCCACGAACACCUCGUGACUUUGUUUGGUUACUGCGCUGAAGGAGACCAAAGACUCCUCGUCUAUGAGUACAUGCCUUUUGAAUCCGUAGAAGAUCAUAUCCACGGUUACGGAUCUGAAGAAGAGGUUUUAGAUUUGAGCACAAGGAUGUAGAUAGCUUUAGGAUCAGCCAAAGGGCUAGCGUAUCUUCACAACGUAGCACAACCUCCUGUGAUCUACAGAGACUUGAAAACCGCAAACAUAUUGCUAGACCAUGGCUACAAACCAAAGGGCUUGCUAAGUUUGGUCUGAGCGGUGACAUGUCUCAUGUCUCUACUAGAGUCAUGGGAAGUCAUGACUCGCAUGGUUACCACAAUGGC